AUGCAAGCCCCCAUCCCUCUCCUGAUCUUGCUACACGCUUUUGUGGUCCAUUGCCAGAAAGUUGUGUCUAAAAGAGGUUCAGUGGAAGGCUGCACAGAUUGGUCCGUGGACUACCUGAAAUACAAAGUGCUUCUGGGGGAGCCCGUCCGCAUCAAGUGCGCUUUAUUCUACGGAUUUAUCCGGGCCAACUACAGCCAUGCGCAAAGCACAGGACUUAGCCUGAUGUGGUACAAAAGUGCCGGGCACGGGGAUUUCGAGGAGCCCAUCAGCUUCGACGGCGCGAGGAUGAGCAAAGAGGAAGACGCUAUUUGGUUCCGACCUGCCGAGUUGGACGAUGUGGGCUACUACUCCUGUGUUUUAAGGUAUGUGUUUGUAAACCUGAAGAAGCUCAUCUCGACCUUAAGCUGUGAAUAA